AUGUUUGGCAAUCAUCGGCUUAUGCUCUGCUUUUUCUGCUUGGUCGCAUUGACCACUGUGUCCCUGGCCAUCGAGGAGUCCUCGGACAUCGAGGAGGAUGUGAUCAGCAUUGCCAACCAGACGCAGAAGGUGAUCCGCGUGCAUCCGCAGGACCUGCCGCCCAAGAAGGACAACACCGGCAGCCAAAUGAACUCGGCCUUCUUCCAGAUCCAAACCCUGCGUCCGGUCACCGAAUCCAAGCCGCGUCAGUACGUGGACUCCAAGCAGAUGCGGAAGAGGCGUCCUCGACCCGCCAAGCUGAUGGGUGGCGGAGGAGGUGGUGGAGAUGUGGCCGCCAGUGGUGAAGAUGCGACGCAGCCAGCCUUGAAAUACGAACUAAAAGCCUCUCCCAAGCAGAAACUCAAGCAGCAGAAGCAACUGAACUUGGACGCUAGGCAGCAGGUGGAUCGGGUGGAGGUCCAAGGUCAAGUAUUACCCGUCCAGAUGACGCCGGGCCCCUAUCCCAUCUACUACGUGGUGUCCAAGACCAACGGGCGCUUCGGCAAGUUCCCCAUCAAGUCGUUUCGCUCGCCGUCGGAGUUCGCCAAGUAUCUGGUGAAGAGCAAGGCGGAGCCCAUCGCCAGGGAUCAGCGAUUCGAGGUGAUCUUGUGAUCUUCUCUCUUCUCUCUUCACUUAGUCAAAGCUAAAGUCUAAAUUAUUACCACCUAAUCGUAGUCGUAACUAUAAUAUUAUAAAUGCUAAUUGCCGCAAUAAACCCAUGUCUAAAUUUAGCCAAUGAAACAAAA